AUGCCAGCUGGGAUUGCUCGGGGUCUGGAGGAAACUGGCUCAUCCUUACAGCAGGAGGAGGAGGAGGAAGAAGAUGUCAUAAAUGAGUUGGAAGAUCAUCCAUGUAUCAAGUGGACUGGUGGUGGCUGCAGGCGGAUCCCCAUCUUGGUGUUUCAUGCAGAAGCCAUUCUGACCAAUGACAACUACCUCCGCCUGAUUGGAGAGCGCUACCACUUGUCCUAUAAGAUUGUGCAAGCAGAUGGCCGUCUGGUUCGAAGCAUUCUGACUGCCCAUGGAUUCCAUGAGGCACAACCUGGUAGCAGUGAUUACAAUCUCAUGUGGACAGGAUCACACUUGAAGACUUACUUGCUGCGUUCUCUUACAGAUAUUCAGAAAGUUAAUCACUUCCCUAGGUCAUAUGAACUGACACGGAAAGACAGACUGUACAAGAAUGUCAGUCGUAUGCAGCUGGCCCAUGGAUUCAAAACAUUCCAUAUCUUACCUCAGACCUUUAUGCUCCCAGCAGAGUACCAGAACUUCUGCAGUACUUAUUCUAAGGAUAGAGGUCCAUGGAUAGUGAAGCCUGUGGCCUCUUCCAGGGGUCGAGGUGUCUACCUGAUAAACAAUCCAAACCAGAUUGUCCUGGAAGACAACAUCCUGGUUUCUCGUUACAUCAGCAACCCCUUGCUCAUAGAUGAUUUCAAGUUUGAUGUGCGCCUCUAUGUUCUGGUUACAUCCUAUGAUCCACUUGUCAUCUAUCUCUAUGAGGAAGGAUUGGCCAGGUUUGCAACAGUGAGGUAUGACCAGGCAUCCAAGAACAUUAGAAACCAGUUCAUGCAUCUGACCAACUACAGUGUCAACAAGAAGAGUGGAGAUUAUGUCAGCUGUGAUGAUCCUGAGGUAGAGGAUUAUGGAAGCAAGUGGAGCAUGAGUGCAAUGCUGAGGUACUUAAAACAAGAGGGGAAAGACACCGCAGCACUGAUGGCCAGCGUGGAGGACCUGAUUAUCAAGACUGUGAUUUCUGCUGAGCUGGCCAUUGCCACAGCUUGUAAACAUUUUGUUUCACAUCGUGGCACCUGCUUUGGUAAG